AUCAUGGGUGAGGAACUCGGCGCGGGCGCCUUCGGCACAGUCUUCAAGGCGACGCACAAGAAGACGGGCAAGGUGUAUGCGGUCAAGGUGAUGCGGCGGCGGCGGUCGACGGAGGAGAUAGUGCGUCGGGAGGUUGCGAUGCUGCAGCGAGUGGGUCUUCAUAUUGGCGUGGCCGAGCUCGUGGACCACUUCGAGAGCGACGACAACUUCUACCUCGUCAUGGAGCUGGUCACGGGAGGCGAGCUCUUCGACGCGCUCAUCGACAACGGCGCCUUCUCCGAGCAGCAGGCCGCGGACGUGAUCCGGCAGGUGGCGGACGCGGCGGCAUUCCUGCACGCGCAGGGGCUGUGUCACGCGGACAUCAAGCCGGAGAACCUGCUGCUCACCGAGCGCGGCCCCGGCGGCCUGAUCAAGCUCGUCGACUUUGGGCUCGCCACCGAGCUGCGAAGCCCGAAGAGGAGCAAGCCGGGCACCUGGGCGUACUGGCCGCCCGAAGCGUUUGGCGACGGCUCGUCGUGCGGCAAGCCGACUGAUAUGUGGGCGAUCGGGGUCGUCCUCUUCAUCCUCCUCUCGGGCUACCACCCGUUUGACCCGAGCGGCAAGGCCGACGAUGCGGCGCUGCAGUCGUGCAUCCUCAAGGGGGAGCCCGAUUGGGACGACCCAGCGUGGGCGCACGACUCGCCGGAGGCGAAAGCG